UUAAAAUCUUCACAAAAAAACGUCACAAUUCUUAAUAUUUUUCACGGCUUCUAAUCUUCUUAUAAACACUCGUUUAUAGUCACUGACGUGCAGGAUUUAUUUAUGUCAAGCUCUAUGACUUAUAGGAUGAAAUACCCAGUGAACACUUUUAUGGCUAAUAGUGUCAUGAAGAAAAAUAUCAGAACUGUUCCAGGGGAAAUUUCACUGAAAUUUCAGCUGACGACUCACUCUCUAGGUAGGCUACUUCUGGCUUUCUUUAUGUGUACCUUUGCUGCGACGCAGUUUUCUUCCGUAUUGGUCUGUUGUCUUUGUUAGCAGCCGCUAGCAGGUUUCCCUCAGAGCCGCCAUGUCGGUCACCACGAGUGUCUUUUCUGUCGCGAUCUUCUCACGCGGCUCGUCUUUCGGCUUUACUCGAUUUUUGACUAUGUCGAGCAAGUCUUUUGACUUGGAUGUGAGUGCAACACGCUGACUCACUAGCCCAGGACCUCAGAGUUCCUUUGUACUCGUCACAAAACGACAGUGAAUAAAGGUCUUGAAUCCAAGGACAACAUUGUGAGGUCCAACAUGGAUAAAAAGUUCUGUGCUCAUCAUGAUGCUGUUGAGCAAGAGCUAAUGCCAAGCACUGGGGACAUCCCAGUUAAGAAAACGAGGCUUGGGAGAAACCCUGAUGUCGACACCAGCUCUCUCACAGACAGGGAAAGAGAGCAAUACUUUGUUCUGCUCAUUAUCACGGACGGCGUGAUCACAGACAUGGAUCAGACCCGAGCUGCCAUUGUAGCUGCUUCCCAUUUACCCAUGUCCAUCAUAAUUGUGGGCGUGGGCGGGGCUGACUUCACUGAUAUGGAGAUCCUGGAUGGUGACGAUGGACGUUUAAAAUCUCCAUCUGGAGAGCCAGCCAUACGGGACAUUGUGCAGUUUGUGCCUUACAGAAAGUUCCAGAAUGGUCCUAAAGAGGCAUUGGCACAAAGUGUUCUGGCAGAGGUUCCUGGUCAGGUUGUUAAUUUCUUCAACAUGCUGAAGCUCAGCCCUCUUAAUUCAAGUACCCCUGUAGCUUAUUCUGCUGAGCAAAAAUUAAGCUAAAUGCUUCAUGCUGCUUUUGCAUCAACCUGUAAGAGACCUCAUCAGCUACAGUCCAUGCUUCAGUACUGUACAGCAUGCUGGACUCUUGCUAAAUGAGUUACUCUAAGAAUGUAUAUUAUUAGAUCUAUAGUCUAUGCUAACUUACCAUUUUAAAAGAGCAGCUCUUUACACAUUAUUUGGUGUAAUGCAUUUUAAUAUCUAUUGGUAACAGGUGUUUAUAUUAAUUGGAUAGUCCACUUCAUAGAUUUACACUUUAGAUUUACUAAAAAAAAAAAAAAAAAAAGUAUACUCCAUGCUUAAUGGAAAUCAAUGGUAGUUGCAAGCUUCAGGCAGUGCAAUUUGAAAAGAACAGACUGCACAAUAC